GGUGACAAGCUGUACGGCAGAGCGGAUCGCGUGUGUUCCCUUUAUCGACGUCAAAUUCUCAGAAAAGAUUUUCUCGCUAGAAAAACCUGUAGAUUAGUGAAGAAUUACUUAAGUGGGACCAAUUACAAAGCGUAAUAGUAAUCAGUAAUAACAAUGAGGUGCUAAAACGGUGUGUACUCUACAUAAUCAAUAAAGAUUUUCCUGGCUUGCGCGUUAGUUUGCACCUGAGAAUUACAUAUAUGAAAAAUGAGCGAAUUCAGAUGACCAUGUCAUUAAAAAAAAGUAUGAGCAAAUCAACCUGACGUUUUCGUUAGUCCAUUAAAUCUGCGCUAUCAGACGAUUUUUUUGUCGACGAAUAUCUACAGGUGGUUGGCAAUGAAAGAGACUGACAGUUUGAGUGACAUUUUGGAUGAGAUUGGUGUAUUUGGAAAAUUGCAGAUUUUGGCCUUCUCCUUGGUUUGCUUAAAUGUUCUCUUCAACUCUGCAGCUCAUGUAGCUUACGUUUUUACCACUUUGGAAACUGACUAUAGAUGUCUGGUACCACAAUGCGAGGAGUCCAGUCCAGGGUACAACUCUUGGUGGGUAUCGAACGCCAUACCUUUCGACAGCGACGAUAAUCCAGAAAGAUGUAGUAUGUAUCUGCCCCUGAACUCAAGCAGCGCGUCCAACUGCACUGCCAACGCUUUCGACAGAAACCACACCGUCAAAUGCAGUUCCUACUUCUUCAAGAACGACGAACACUAUCUAGGAAGAGAAUUCAACCUGCUCUGUAGCGACAACAAAUGGAAACUAACCCUCGUUGGAACUUUGAAUACGAUAGGAAUGUUCUUCGGAUUGCUGAUAACUGGUGUUAUAUCAGACAAAUACGGCAGAAAAUUUGUACUUUUGGUAGGAAUAUCGACGUGUGGAGUGGUUGGAGUGAUUAAAGCCUUCUCGCCUACCUUUGAGUGGUUCUGCUUCUUCGAGUUCCUGGAAGCUGUCCUUGCAGCUGGUAGUUAUGGAUGUGGUUUCAUCUUAGGUGUUGAGCUGGUUACUCCAAAGUUGAGGGUACUAACAGGCUGUAUAUCCUGUUGCUGUUACGCUCUUGGUGAGGUCCUCAUUGCAGCUGUGUCAUGGGCAGUGAUGGAUUGGAGAAUGAUCUUGUACCUGGUAUACGGUCCGUCCAUCCUAGUGAUCUUCAUGUGGUGGUCAAUUCCCGAAUCCAUAAGAUGGUAUCUGAGCAAAGGCCGCAUCGAAGAACCUAAGAGAAUCUUGAGGAGCUUCGCCGAGGCCAACGGCAAGCAGAUUUCCGAAGAAUCGUUGGACAAGCUCAAGCUCAUCCUCAAAGAACAGCAGGAACUACACGAAUCGGUAACUUUCGUGGACCUGCUCAAGUCCACGCCUCUAUUUCUGAGGUUCCUGAAUUGCAGCUUCUGUUGGAUAACCUGCGCCUUCUUGUUUUACGGCAUGACGUUGAACUCGGUGACGUUGUCGUCCAACAGCUACCUAGACUUCAUCUACAUCUCCCUGACUGAGAUACCUGCCUACUGCUCUGCAGUUUUUAUAGCUGAUAGGAUAGGGAGGAGGUACUCCAUGGCUCUGUCCUAUGGUCUGACUGCCGUUUCUUGCUUUGCCUUCAUAUUCGUCAGCAAAGAUAUUGUUUGGCUCAGAAUCAUCAUCUAUUGCAUGGGUAAAUUUGGAGCGACUUCAGCCUUUAUACUCAUAUACGUCGUAGCCAGUGAAAUAUUUCCAACAUCUCUAAGACAUACGAUGAUGGGAGUUUGCUCCAUGGUUGGCAGGUUUGGUUCUGUUGCCAGUCCGCAAAUUCCUUUACUUGGUGACAUAUGGAAGCCCCUUCCUCUUCUGCUGUUCACAUCUCUGGCAGCUGUGUCUGCUUUUACGUCACUUUUCUUCCCUGAAACCCUUAAUAUGAAGCUUCCUGAUACGAUAAAAGAAGCCGAGCGUAUAGGUAAAAACUCAACGGAUAACAAUAAAUGAGAAGUAUUAUUCGAUACCGCCGAUGAAAUUGUAGAUAAAAUAUAUAUUUUUUUAUUUGUA